AUGAACCACAUCGUCAGAGCGGCUGACCCGUUACGUCUGGGCUCAAGCCCAGACACUCCAGCUCCAGCUCAGCUUCCAGCUCACCUCACAGCUCCUCUCUCCAUCCGGAAACGGCGCCGUCACUUUUUCCAAGCAACCAGUCCAGAUUCAUCGGCCUUCGAUGGCGCUUACCGUGGCUUCUUGUCCUAUCAGGCUCCAGGCGAAGCAUCUGGAACGCACAAAAUCUACCAGUUAAUCACAACGUGCCAGUCCUUCGCGAACCAUUCCAUCCAUCCGUCACGUCCCAACCAGCGGGGUGCCGUUUUCGAAUACGCACCAAGACCAAAGCAGCAGCAGCAGGAGGAGCUGAAGCUGAAGCACCACAAGAACAGAGUUCAGACGUCACACCUCGCGGCUAUCGAUCGCGACAAGAGUGGCGAACCGAGUACCGGGAAGCGCCGUGCUUCAAGUCUUUUCGACCGCACGCAGGGUCAUGUCCUUGCCAUCGCCUAUCCUCCGGAACUUUCCUAG